UAAUUUGUUGGUUUCGUGCAUUUGGCUAAAAGCUUUGACAAUUCUAUUCAAACUCAAACGCAAUUAUCAGAUUCUCCGUGUAAUUUAUACACAAAAAGGGCUGUAUGUAAGCAUUGCUGCAAUGAUUUGCUCAGUAUCCACCGGGAAGUCCCGCUCGAGCUGGCUGGACCGGCUGCGAACAGCCAAGGGCUUUCCAGAGAACGGCGUCACCGAUCUCGAAAUGUUCCUCCAAAACCCUAGUUCUCCGAUUGCUGAGAGGCCGGGGUCCGUAGCAAAUUCUGACCCAAUUUGCUGUUCGACUCGGGAUGAGGAUAAACAGUUCUUCAAUAUAAUGAGCGAUGUUCUCAACGAGCUAUUCAAUUUUGGAGAUAAAUGCGGGAAUUCCACAAAACUCAAAACGUCUGCUCGCAAACAGAUAAACCCCAGAAUCUGUGUAUUUUCGAAUAAUGGGAGUCGUGAGAUCAACAAUGCAGCUGCGGAGAAGCCGACGCUGUUGAGGAGUGGCGAUAGCAAUAGUGGAGUGGAGGGAGUGAGAGAGCUGGAUAAAUGGGAAAAUGAUGGGGAGGGUGUUGAGAGGGAUGGGAAUUUGACUGGGUUUUCACGGACAGAGGUAAUGGUUAUUGACACGAGCUAUGAGUCGUGGAAAUUCGAGAAGCUGUUGUACAGGAAGAAAAAUGUGUGGAAAGUGAGGGAUAAGAAAGGGAAGAGUGUGAUUAUGAGGAGUAAAAAGAAGAGAAAAGUGAGUAGGAGCGUGGAGGAGGAUCAACAUGGGGGAAAGAAGUUGAAGGUUGAUAAGAAGGAAGGGAGCACAGAGGGCUGUGAGUUGCCGCUGAAUGAAGUAUAUCAUCAGAUCAAUAAAUCAGAAGUUCUUGGCAAGGGUUCAAGCAAAGUUGGUGGGACUCUUGAAAAGAAGCAAGAAGACUUGAAGUCAGGAAAUGGAAGCUCAUCUGUUAUUCUUAUUAAGAGCAUUCAUACUGGUAGGAAAAAUGGUCUGAAAUCAAAACAAAAGAAAACUUGAGGAGGAUCCCAUUUGGAGGUUCCACAGUGGAACAAGAUGUCUUCUAAGCUGCAAACAACUAUAUAUCUUCUUUGUCGAGGUGAUAUUGUCCUGUGAAGAUCAUUAUUGACUCUUCUGGGUGAUGAUACCUAUAACGCUUAGCUGAUUAAGCAAUUUUUUUCUGCUGUGUCCAAUUUGCUAUAUCGCCGUCAUGCCUCCUUUGCAGUGGUUGUCCACUGGUUUUAGGCAUAUUAAAAUCUGAUGCCUAUUGCUUUGUGCAUAUAAGACAAAUUGUAACUAUGCAAUUCUUGGUGAUAGACAUCACGGUUUAUAUGCAGACCGCCGUCUGUUUUAUUGAGCCUGAAAUGAUUAAUUACUUAUGUGAGAAAUCGAUCCAUGGUUUCAUGGAAUUUUUCCUUGCAGAGUUUUGCAUUUUAUUUAAUUGCUGCAGUUUAUGUUGGUGGGACUA